AUGGCGUCAACAUCAACACCACCGACAUUACUACCGCUCAGUCAAGGGCCCCGAGUCAUCGUUUAUCAUCAAACCAUCCAUCGUGAUGGCAAAUACGUGUCUCUAUUGCCGCUGAUCACCAAUCAGACCGGCGUCACGCAUGUAAUAGUGGCGGCUAUACAUUUGAACGAAGGACCGGGAAACAUCACGCUCAACGACGAUCCUCCGGAUGCUGGCAAGUACGAAACACUGUGGGGUGAGGUGGCAUGGUUGCAGGCGUCUGGAGUAAAGGUGCUGGGUAUGCUCGGAGGAGCCGCAAAGGGAAGUUUCGAAAGACUUGAUGGACCUAACGAAACAAAGUUCGAGGAUUACUACAGACCACUACACGCAUUGAUCUCCAAACACCACCUCUCAGGCCUGGAUCUAGACAUCGAAGAACACAUGUCAAUCACAGGAGUCAUCCGCCUCAUCGACCGCCUACGCGUGGAUUUCGGUUCUUCCUUCCUUAUCACUCUCGCACCUGUAGCGACAGCCUUACUACCCAACCAACCCCAUCUCUCGGGCUUCGACUACAGACUGCUAGAGCAAAUGCGUGGAAAUCAGAUUGCAUGGUACAAUACACAAUUCUACUGUGGUUGGGGAGAUGCGACGACGACAUUCUGGUAUGAUGCCAUCAUGAGUGUUGGCUGGAGAGCAGACAAGGUUGUCGUGGGUCUAGUUACUAACCCCGGGAACGGAGCUGGCUAUGUGGAACAGAGCACUUCCCACGAUGUUAUGAGGAUGCUGAGAGCAAAGUACCCGACAUUCGGCGGUGUGAUGGGAUGGGAGUACUUCAACUCUUUGCCUGGAGAGCACGGAGAACCGUGGCACUGGGCUGCCGGUAUGGCGAGAGCGAUCAGACAUGCGUUACCGCCGAGCGGGCAAGUGCAGGGUGGAAGAGGUGUUGAGAGACCUGGUGCAGGUGGAAUGCCGCCGACGAUAGCGGUGCCGGCUCAUUCUUUCCCUGCACAAGAUAUUGAGACUCUACAGAACUUGGGAUUCUCAAGUCAACAGGCGAUUGCGGCGCUCAAUGCAACAAGCGGCAAUGUGGAGUAUGCUGCUGGGCUACUCUUUGAGUACUGA